CUCACUGUGAGCCCCAUGCCUCGCCCUGGGGGUGCUGAGAGACGGCAGACAGUGGGGAGGGCAGGCCUGUCCCGGACAGGCCCCACCUUCCGGCAGCAGAGGGAGAGGACAAGGGGCGUGGUGGGGCGGCCAGAGAUUGGGAUCUACCUGCGCUGGGGUACUUGCUGGCUGGGGAGCCCGUCCGUGUUGACCGUGGGCGGUGGAGCCUCCCCCUUGCCAGGCAAAGCCUAUAAAGCCACCCGGAGCCCAGCCCUGGGCCGCCCGUUGGUGACCAUGAAGGCUGUCCUCCUAGCCCUGCUGGCUGUCGGCUUGGCCCUGCAGCCAGGCUCCGCUCUGCGCUGCUACUCCUGCAAGGCCCAGGCGAGCAACCACGACUGUCAGCAUGUGCAGAACUGCACCAGCUCCGAGACGUACUGCUGGACCGAGCGCAUCCGUGUUGUUGACAUCGUGACCAGGAUUAGCAAGGGCUGCAUGUCGCACUGCAUGGACGACGCCCAGAACUACUACGUGGGCAAGAAGAACAUCACGUGCUGCUCCACUGACCUGUGCAACGCCAGCGGGGCCCAUGCCCUGCGGCCAGCGGCUGUCACCCUGGCGCUGCUCACCACUCUCGGUGGCCUGCUGCUGUGGGGUCCCAGCCCGCUGUAGGAUCCGGGAGGGCCCCACUGUGUCCCACACUGGCUAUCAGUGCCCAGGGGUCCUGGAGCGCUCUUCACACCCACUGGCCCAGUCGAGACCCCUCCGAGACCCCAGCUCAUGUUGGGCCAUGCCCCUCUGCCCCCUCCAGCCUUCUGUGGCUCCCUCCAGAAGCCCUGCCCAGCUCCCCCUGCUCAGCAGGCUGGGUCCCGUUGAUGUGGCACCGUUCCAAAUCCCUAGAACCCAGCCUGCACGUGGUCUGCGCAACACCCAUGUCGCAGCCCCCUCCUCAACCCCUGCUUGGGCAUUUCUUCCUCCGGCAAGACUUCUCUGCCCCACCCCCCAUCGGCAGAGCCAUUCCCACCCAUGAUUUCCCCCGCAACCAGCAAGGAGCAGGCACUUGGGAGGCCCCACAAAGGCUGAAUAGAAUUAGGGGCAGGGAGUGAGAGGUCCCAUGAGCCCCAAGAGAUGAGGUGUGGAGGGGGGUCCAGCUCCCCAUGGCCAUGGGAGUCCUGGGGCAGUAAGCCCAACCCACAGGAAGCCCUUAAUAAAAUCCCCCGACCUAG